AUGUCCAUGUCUUCCGUCGCGAUGGAUGAAAGUCUCCCUCGCCCCUUCAAGUGCGCCACUUGCAAGAAAGGGUUCACGCGCCAGGAAAACCUCAAGCGACACGUGAACACCCAGGCAGAAAUGCUCCCUGCUUUCCCUGCAACCAGUGCAGUGCGCGCUUCGCUCGAAGGUCCGUCGACGAAAGCAAGACGCUCGACUGAGUACGCCCUCGAAACUACAGAUACUGACCGUUGGAACAGCGACUUGAGAAAGCGACAUGUCGAAAACUGUCACGUUUCAUUGGGGUCACCGCCCAAAACAGCUCCUCCCCCUCCUCAACCAUCUACGACGCCGAACGUGAACGUGACCGUGGGCGAUUCGCCAAGCACGGCAGCAUGGAUGGAUGUUUUAUUGACCCAUCCCCCGCCGCCGCCGCCGCCGCCACCACCACAAAGUGAGAUGAUGGACCCGAUGUCGCAGGUCAACCAGAGUUAUAAUAACACACAAUCGGCAAUGUCGAGCGAGAUCCGCUGUGUCGAGGCCUUUUUUGAUUGUUUCCACCGUAACUUUCCGAUCUUACACGAGGGGUCCUUUCACAUCGUGUCGACCCAGGUGCCUCUAUUGAACGUCAUCACCGCCAUUGGGAGUCUCUACUGCGAAUCAACGUUUGAUGAAUCUACCCGGAAAGCCGUCUUCGAAUCAACUUUAUCAUCACUCCAGCAAUACGUGGAGCAAAACCGUUCGCGAUACCAAGAAACCUGGGUCCUGCAGACUUUCCUCCUGCUUGAGUUUCUCGGCAUUUACGGCGGCAAUGACUCCAGUUUUCUCAAAGCGCAGCGAAUCCACCGGGACCUGAUUGACGCGAUACGGCUUCUGCAAAUGUCGCAGGACAGCUCUCUCGAUUCGCUUUCUACGAAUUCAGGCGGCGAGGAUAGCGGUUACGGCGAAGAGUGCGACGAAGAUGACAUGCAGGAACCCGUCAGUGCAGACGCAUUGAACGAUCAGUGGCAAGGCUUCAUCAAGAAGGAAUCAAGGAAGCGGUGCGUCUACAUGCUGUACCUCCUCGAUUCCCAGCUCGCGAUUCUCUGCAACCUUCGACCGAUGUUGUCCUCACUCGAAAUCAAAUACGACCUCCCCUGUUGUGAGGACAUCUGGCUGGCUCGUUCCGACAGAGACUGGUACGAGCGGCGGCGGCAGCGGUUCAAGUCCUUCGACGAGCCCGACGACAACGCCUAUGCUCACGAGACACCACCCUCCCAGGGGUUCUUUUACGAGGCUUCACAAACCCUCUUGCACUCUGGCCGAGGCGACGACAAGGAUGCCGGCGGCGGGAAGAAUCAGCCCAGGAAACUCAGGCUUCUCUGGGCCUCCCCGUUUGCCGCCGUCAUCCUCGUCACGCAGCUGCAAAUGAUGGCUCGCGAGCUCACGCACGCCAGCUGUCUCCUCGAGCGGCCCAAAGCGCAACGGCGGGCCCUUUCCAUCCUGACGGACAAGCAGCACGCGCAGAUAUCGCAAGCCUUGAAGGGAAUCGCCGAGUUGGUGCCACGGAACCAGAAGCCGGUGUUCAGCUUCUUUGACUUUGGCCGCAUGGACACCUUGCUACCAGAUAGCUCGGACCAGACUCCGUUGUGGCACACGUUCUGGAUACUGUGGUACUACACUUCCAUCACCCUAUCGCAUCCGGAUUCUUUACUGGUGAGUGGAGUCGUCGAGUCAAAUCUGCCUUUGGCCAUCGCAACUGCAGGUCACCUCGCCACACCACGGUCCAAGGACAAAAGGGACAUUUACGAAGAUCGAGAUGUCUUCCGAAUUCUCAACGAUCUCGAACUGGCCCUUGACCUGCUCAACCCAUCAAAGUCAACAGCCCCACCAUCCCUCGAGAACCCCUUCAUCACCCUUCUUGGCUUCAAGAUCUGUCUCGUGGGCUGGCGUCUCGUGCGGUUGACAAUGCCUGCCGCUCAACGAAGCAGCGACGCUCUGCAUGGGCCAGGAGGCAUGGGAAUUGGGAUGGCGAUCAACACCAACGGCCGCUCGAACCCAAGCCGCUUCGUCCUGGAUGCCAUCAUGGCGUGUGUUGAUAGCGUUGGCGACGACGACGUGGAAAACGCGGCGGCCGCGUUGGCGAUGCUAGACGGCGGGCCGGUGGAUCUUGCGCGAAGCGAGGUACGGUUUUUGGAAUGGAUCGUUGCCAACUUCAACAAGCGGACGACUUGGCCCGUUGGGAAAUGGGUGGCAACGGUGAUGGAAGAGAGCUUAUCCAAGGCAAGAGAGGCCUAUGCUGUACCAAUGAGCGAGUGA